GCCGGUAGUUCCUGCGGGCCUGGUCCGGCGAACAGCGUCUGCGGCGGGGCCGCUGGCUCGGAGCUGGUUUUGGAAAGGAAGAUGGAAAGUGGCGCGGUGCUGCUGGAAUCCAAGUCCUCGCCGCUGAACCUGCUGCACGAGAUGCACGAGCUGCGCCGCCUGGGCCACCUGUGCGACGUCACGGUCAGCGUGGAAUACCAGGGCGUCCGCAAAGACUUCAUGGCCCACAAGGCUGUGCUGGCGGCCACCAGUAAGUUCUUCAAAGAAAUGUUCCUUAACGAGAAGAGCGUCGACGGGGCCCGGACUAAUGUGCACUUGAACGAGGUGCAGGUCGUGGACUUCGCUUCGUUCCUCGAGUUUGUCUACACUGCCAAGGUGCAGGUGGAAGAAGACCGGGUGCAGCGGAUGCUGGAGACGGCCGAGAAGCUGAAAUGUCUGGACUUGUCGGAAACAUGUUUUCAGCUCAAGAAGCAGAUGCUGGAGUCGGUGCUUUUGGAGCUGCAGAAUUUCUCAGAGUCUCAGGAGGCGGAGGCCAGUGGCGGCCCCCAAGUCGGAGUUGGCCCCGACCCCCGGGCAGGUGCGCUGGGCAUGGACGGGGCUCACCCCAACGGCCUGGUGGAUCGCUCAGACUACCCAGGGGAGCAGAUGAGCAAUGGCGUGUCGCCAGGCUCGCCGCCGAGGAAGUCCAAGGAGAAAGCGGACAAGAAGAAGGAUGUGGCUAAGCCUCCCUACCCCAAAAUCAGAAGAGCCAGCGGGAGACUGGCCGGAAGAAAGGUCUUCGUGGAGAUCCCUAAAAAAAAAUACACGAGGAGGCUGCGAGAGCAAGAGACAGGUGCCGAGGGCAGCUCGGGAGACCCCGGGGCCGCCCAGGCCCAAGGCCCAGAGAGCGCAGGGACAGAGACCGGGCCCCUUACAAAAGUUGAGGGGGGUGGGGCUGGCAUGCAGGUGGCGGACCCCCUGCCGAAGGCAGCCGGGGAGGAGGAGGAGGAGGAGGAAGAAGAGGAAGAGGAGGAGGGGGGUGCGGUGGAGAAGAGGAGGAGCAACUUGAAGUGCAGCGUCUGUGAGAAGGCCUUCUUGUACGAGAAGAGCUUCCUGAAGCACGUGCGGCGGCACCACGGCGUGGCCAGCGAGGUGGUGUACCGCUGUGACACCUGCGGCCAGACCUUCGCCAACCGCUGCAACCUGCGCAGCCACCAGCGCCACGUGCACAGCAGCGAGCGGCGCUUCCCCUGUGAGCUGUGCGGCAAGAAGUUCAAGCGCAAGAAGGACGUGAAGCGGCACGUAGUACAGGUGCACGAGGGCGGCGGCGAGCGGCACCGCUGCGGCCAGUGUGGCAAGGGCCUGAGCUCCAAGACGGCGCUGCGGCUGCAUGAGCGCACGCACACUGGCGACAGGCCCUAUGGCUGCACCGAGUGCGGGGCCAAGUUCUCACAGCCGUCUGCGCUCAAGACCCACAUGAGAAUCCACACCGGGGAAAAACCUUUCGUCUGUGAUGAGUGUGGCGCAAGAUUCACCCAGAACCACAUGCUGAUUUAUCACAAAAGGUGCCACACAGGUGAGAGGCCUUUCAUGUGUGAGACAUGCGGCAAGAGUUUUGCUUCGAAGGAGUACUUGAAGCAUCACAACAGAAUCCACACUGGCUCGAAACCCUUUAAAUGUGAAGUGUGCUUCCGGACUUUUGCUCAGCGGAACUCCCUGUACCAGCACAUCAAAGUCCACACAGGGGAGCGCCCCUACUGUUGUGACCAGUGUGGGAAGCAGUUCACCCAGCUCAAUGCCCUGCAGCGCCACCAUCGGAUCCACACGGGCGAGAAGCCAUUCAUGUGCAACGCUUGUGGGCGCACGUUCACGGACAAGUCCACUCUGCGGCGGCACACCUCUAUACACGAUAAGAAUACUCCAUGGAAGUCUUUCCUUGUCAUUGUAGAUGGCUCCCCCAAGAACGACGAGGGGCACAAGACGGAACAGCCGGAUGAAGAGUACGCGCCACCCAAGCUUUCAGACAAACUGCUGUCUUUCGCAGAAAGCAGCCACUUUCACAGCCUGGCCGCGGUGCCCGGCAGUGUCGCCCCCGCCCAUGACGGCAGUGCCGCGGACACCGCCUGCAAGGCCGACGCCGCCGUGGUGUCCCAGGACGCCUUGCUGGCCACCACCCUCAGUGAGCUCAGCGAGCUGAGCCCGCAGGCGGACGCGAUGCCCGCCCAGCUGCACCCCUUGACCAGCAUGGAGUGAGCGCGAGUGCGCGAGGCCUGGUGCCAGGCAGGACCCUCCAUGGGGCCCCAUGUGGUGGCGGCUGCAGCCCAGCGGGGCCUGGGGCCAAGAGACAGUCGUCCCUGUGCGAGGUGUGGGCAGGGACAGCCUCCAUCCAUCUCCCUCGGCCUCCGUCACCUUGCACGUUGUCAUCGCUGCGUUGUGAAAGCUUUCCCUUGAAAAUCCUGACCUGCAUGAUCUCAUGACGUGGUCACCAAGCAAGGCCGCCCACGUGACCACCUGUAACCCCUGCGUGGGCUGUGUGUGAAUCCUCGGAGUGCUGGUGCUUCACCCUGCCUUAGCUUCCUCGUGUGUUUACUUCUCGGGUAGUCUGAAGGUAUUUUUCUACCAAGCUGAUAUCAAGUGGGACCACGUAUUGUUAGCCAUGCAAAUCACAUUUGCCACAGGGACCUUCAGGCGGAACUGAAGAAAUGGAUUGGUGCAUUUGUUCCUCCUGGUUCCCUCUCCACUCCCAGGCACUCAUGGGAAACUGCUGAGCACAGACACAGCCGGGAACCUGUCAGAAGAUCAGCUUUGGAAGCAGGUGUGGCUGUUCCGUUUCAUUCCUGAAGACCAGAUUAGGUGAACCCCGUCCUACCAAAGAGCCCAGACAGACAGUGUGCUGUUUGCAGCGAGGUGUGAGAAAUUAAGCAAGAGGCUGUGAACACCCGUGUCAUUUCAUUCACAAGCAGCAACGCGAGGUGAGCGUGGUAGAUGUCAGAACAGUGUUGCUGCUGGGUCUUCCUGCCUUGAUCUGUGGAAUUCUCCACACACAGAUUUCCUCAUUUCCACACUCAGCAUGGAAGCAGCUAGUGAUUGCUACGCCUGUGUGUCCUUGGGAGCGCGUGAGAAGAUGGGAGAGGGGACCAAAAGCCUGGACACUGUCAUCCCUGAUUAUGCCUUAAAGAGUGGACCGUGGGGGCGGGCGCCGCGCCGUUCCCUGGCUUGUGCUGGGCUUCGCCACGCUCCGAAACACGCACAGUGGAAGAACAACCCUGCUGUUCGCUAAACCUGAUGUCUCGUCCCACGGCCUGGGCCUGGUCCUGUGUACCUAGGAUGUGCUGAGUCGCGUGGAACCCUUCAAGGCCUUAAAGGAGAAAAUUCCUUUUCUCACCGGUUGCUUCCCCCCUUACAUCUUAUUUAUUAAACGUGCUAUGAACACUGAUUUCCUAAGAAGAAGAUACUUUAUCUGUGAGGUCUGAGAUGCAGAUACAGCUGUGCUGGGGGAGGGCUUUCUUCCCAGCUGCUUGCUUUGUUGUGACUUCGGUCACGGUGAACAGCGAAGCCUCUGCGAGGUGUCUCAGGCGCUGGUAACCUGUAUCACGCUGGCCCUAAAAAGGUCACAGGGCCGAAUUCAGCUAGGACGGUGUCACUGUAUCCAAGUCAUGUUUACAGAGCGGGGGAAAAAAGACACACUCGUUUUCAUCUCGGUUGGAAGAGACAGAACCUGCCAGCUGAUGCACUGUUUUAUGGAGCAGUCAUCCUGAUGAGAAGGAAUUUAAGUGAUAGAUUAUUUUGUUACCUCCUGGAAUAAUUUUUGUCUUGAAUUUGUUUCUUUAGAAGUUCUACAAAAACACUGUUUAACAUGUUAAUAAA